AUGGAAAGACGCGAGGAACUCCACCGUCACGGGUGCAGUAUCGCCAAGCAGACCAUUCUCACCACCCACCCCAGUGGUCUCCAGACCAGGGUGUCGGUAGAACUGGCAAAUUUCGACGCAUUAUGCUUGCACACAGAGUGUAAAAGUAAUGCCAAAAGACCAUGGGAUGGAAGCCCAUUCUUAGCCCGCCGUGGCCUCACGGGUGGAGUGUCAGCUCACGCUACACCAGUUUUGGGUAGGAGAAGUGACCUGGUGAAUGAGGGGAGGUUGUCACAACAGUGUACUCCUGUUAUGAGAAGACGGGAGGUCCUGGACAGUCCUGGUGGGUCUCCGUUGCUGUCCAGGCGGGCGGAUGUGGAAGAGGAGGACUGUUCUGGUGUUGAUAAUAGUGUCAUCAGUGGCUGGUUAAAGUUCCGAGACAACAAAAGGGGUCGAGAGUUUUAUGAAACAUCUAAAAAAAUGUCGGUGCCUGUAUUAGAUUAUAAAAGAGGGAAGUCUCUACGAGAUGUUUUUGGACGAGUGCUACCUCCUGAUACUCCACGAACUGGUAAUGAAUUACCAAAAGUAAUAUCUGUAUACUCUAUGUAA